AUGGUCGUACAAAGCAAGCAUUUCCUGAACACAGCACCCUCUCUCGUGCUCGAUUCCUUAGAAGGACUGUGUGCAAUCAAUACACAUCUAGCUCUUGAUCCGACUCAUAGAGUCGUGUACCUCGCUGAUCAGGACCGCUCCAAAGUUGCCCUGCUCUGUGGAGGUGGUUCUGGCCAUGAGCCAUCCCACUCAGGUUUCGUAGGGGGCUUUGACCGGUUAGCAGAAUCGCUAUAUCCUUCAUGCGGUCGUGACCUAACCAACAUCCACGAAGCUGCUGUCUGUGGAAAUGUCUUUGCCUCUCCAAGUGCUGGUCAGGUUCGCCGUGCAAUAGAUCUGGUUGAUAACGAAAAAGGCACCAUCAUAGUAGUCAAGAAUUACACCGGCGAUGUUCUCAAUUUUGGUCUAGCCAAAGAAGAAUAUGCGGCCCGUAACCCCAACAAAGCUGACCGUGUCAAGUUCGUCAACGUAGGAGAUGACGUUGCUGUAGGAAAAACCCAGGGUAGUAUUGUCGGAAGACGUGGUCUCGCGGGUGUUUGUCUCGUCUACAAAAUUGCAGGUGCCCUCGCCCAAACUGGCGCCUCUGUAGAUGAGGUCUACGAUGUCGCCCAGUACGUUUCCUCCAGGCUCGGCACUAUAGGUGUUGGUCUGGACCACUGUCAUGUUCCUGGCACUGCUGUUCCCGAUACACAUUUAGGUGCAAAUGAGCUCGAAAUCGGCCUCGGAAUUCACAACGAAAGUGGUCACCGCCGCAUCUCUCCUGUUCCACCUCUCAAUGAACUCAUCCCCACUCUCCUCGAAAUGAUCACUUCCACGACAGACAAAGAGCGGUCUUUCAUUCCCUUCAAGAACGACAGCACAGACCGUGUUGUUCUUCUCGUCAAUAACCUUGGAGGUCUCAGUGAACUCGAGCUCGGCGGAGUAGUCGCCGAAGCAAGGCGUGCUCUAGACAAAUCUGGAAUUCAAGUCAUGCGCAUACUUUCUGGCUCUUUCAUGACAAGUCUCAACAUGCCUGGAUUUUCAAUUACUGUGCUCCUUCUCCCCGCCGCAAACGACACGGGAACUCCAUCCGCUGAUCUCAUCCUUUCCUUACUCGACGACAGUACCAACACCCCAGGAUGGAAGUGGUCCUCUAGGUCUGUCCCAAAGCCACCAUCUGUCUAUUCGUCCCUCCCGACUGUAACCCACGCGAAAGCCUGGUCAGCCUCACUCAAAGCCCCCGAUAUCAACCAAUUCAACAGUGCCGUAGAGCGUGCAUGCCGGGCCCUCAUUACUGCUGAGCCUGAGAUUACAUACAUGGACAGCAUCGCUGGUGAUGGGGACUGCGGACUUACGCUCAAAGGUGGUGCUACAGCUGUGCUUGAGGCUUUGAGCAAAGGCAGCAUCUCCGGCAAUGAUGUACUUGGCAGCGUCAUCACAAUCUCUCGUAUCGCAGAGGACGCGAUGGGAGGAACUAGCGGAGCCCUCUAUUCAAUUUUUUUCUCUGCCCUCGCCCAAGCGCUUGCUAAAAGCACCUCCUCGACCGCCACACAAGAAGUAUGGCGCACAGCGUUAGAAGCUGCUCUAGGUCGUUUGUAUACUUACACCCGGGCACGUCCUCCUUCUCGUACACUGGUCGACCCUCUCGCUGCGUUCAUCGGUACGCUGUCGUCCGGCCUUGCGGCAGCCGUGGAGGCCGCUAGGGAAGCUGCUGAAGGGACGAAAGACAUGGAGGCAAAGGCUGGCAGGAGCGCAUAUGUCGAUAGCAUAAAACUUAAGGCUGAGCGGGUUACUGAUCCUGGAGCAUGGGGCGUGAAAGUUGUGGUAGAGGCACUAGCUCAGUGA